CCAUUUUGGGGAAGAUUAAUGGAAACGUAUCCAUAAUGGGCAACAAUAAUGGCAACAUGUCUAUGAUGGGGAAUAAUGGCAACGUGUCCAUGAUGGGGGAUAAUGGUAACAUGUCCAUAAUGGGCAACAAUAAUGGCAACAUGUCUAUGAUGGGGAAUAAUGGCAACAUGUCCAUGAUGGGGGAUAAUUUUGGCAACAUUUCCUUGCUGGGUAGAAAUGAUUCUACCGUCGGCUAUCACAUGGGCAACACAUCAUUGUUGGGGGGUAACUUUGGGAAUGCUUCGAUGGUGGGGAACACGCUAGGCAACACUUCAAUGCUGGGGAAUACCUCAACUAUGGGGAAUAAUAAUGCUACAAUGCAUGGGAAUAUGUCAACAACAGGCAACAUUCCCAUCAUACGGAAUGCAGCAGGCAACAUGGCUCUCUUUGGCCACGCUGUUGCCAACUGCGAUAAAGUGUCGACAGAAGCUGGCACCGAGACUAAGAAGAAGAAGUUGAUGGAAUUUUUCAAGUCCACUUUGGCUUCUGCUUACAGUCAGUUAGUGGAGAAGAUGCGCCGCCUGCCACUGGUGCGCUCCCUGCUGGCUGACCUUCCUGACGCUGCAAACAGACGCGUCUUCGCUGGUGCUAUGCCACUGGUGUGGCUAGUGCAAGGUCUGUGUGGGCUGGUCACGGCGAGUUACACAGAGGACGAGUUUGGUGUCGUGCAGCGCGACCUGAGCAACCUGCUGGCGGCCAUACUCAACCUCAACCUGGUCCUGGACAAGGUGGGGCGCGCCCCCUUGCCUAAGCUGUGGGGUGGGGGAGGGGGUGUGGGUGUAGUGGGGGGCAUGGGGGGCAGCACCCCCCACCACCUCACCCUGAGACGCGCCCUCAAGUCUGCCCUGCGCACCGCCAUGUACAGACUCACGCACACCUUCGGCGACACGCUCAUGGAAGUUGAAUUAUCGAGCGCCCAUCGCGCCAAGGUGAAGGCCUACCUCGACCUGAGAGAAGGAUGAGUCAUUCAUCUACCAGUAUCAUUGAGUGUGUAUUCAUCUACCAGUAUCAUUGAGUGUGAAUUCAUCUACCAGUAUCAUUGAGUAAGAAUUCAUCAAGCUCCUUCAUGAUUGUUAUCAUCGCGUUCAUGUUAAUUGAUGUUGAUAAGAGUAAUGUCAUUUUAUGUAUUGUGUUCUAAUUAUUUGGUUUAAAAAGCUCUGUGUAAGAAUUGUUUUACCAUUGGCCCAUUAAAUGAUGCCACUUGUUUAUAACUUGGAUCAAAUGAAUUUCUGUAUAUUUAUUAAAUUACUAAUACAAUAAAGCUUUGGCUGUAACAGAUUAUACAUUUCAAGGCCUGAUUAUUAAUUAACGUUUAUUAUUUAGUAAAACAUUUUUGUUAUCACUUAUCAUUAGUGUAUAUCCUAACGCAUUUUGGCGUUUACAGUUUCCUGAUAUUUGAUGGAAUUUUCUAAUAGUUUAUUGUAGCAAAACAUUCACCUCUUUCUGGUAGCUGUAUUUGCAGCCAAAAUAUUCAUUUAAACUAAACGAGAUCCUGGCAAGGAAAGUGAGGGGAAAAUGUCCCUGGAGAUUCUCUGUUAUGUUGCAAGCACUCCAUCAUCAGCAUCAAUUCAUCUCAUCAUUUGUAUUUUCUUUAGUUGCUCGCUUAGUUCGGUCGCUUAUUUUCACCCGUUGGUGAACCGUGGCGCCCAGUUGAACUUAUUUCUUCUAGUUUCACCCAUUGAUGUCCACACUGAACCGUGGCGCCUGGUUGAAUUUAAGUUUGUAAAGCUCUAGUGACUGCACAUGUAGCCAAAAAUUGUGCUUCAUAGCACGGCUAUUAAGAUAAAAUAUUUUCUUGUACAUUUAUGACCCUCUUUUUAUGAUUUGCAUUUUUUCGAAGAAGGAAACUGCGCUCCUAAGAACGUAAGUCAAAUAACUUAGUUUUCUACGCGCAGCUGUAAGAAUUGAAUAGAAAGCUCCGCGCCAAUUAAUUGUUCAUUAAUAAAACUAAAUGAACUUGUGUGUUAUUCAAAAGUGUAUCAAUAUUUUAUAGGCUGUCAUGUCUACUCCUUGACGUUAUUAAACUGAUGCCUUGUAAGAGCCUUGGCUGUACAGCGCGGUCUCUAGAUAUGAGUAAACGAUAUCUUAUCUUA